UCUCUCCCUCUCCUCCCCCUUCCCUAUCUACUUUCUCCUUCUCUGUCUGUCUCUUUGCUUCUCUGUUCCGUCUGUAUCGUUCCAUCUAAUCUGUCUUUCUCAUCUUGUUUCAUUUGUAUUUUACUCUCUUAACUUUGUCUCUUCUCUGCUACUGUCUUCUUCUUUUUGCUGUUUUGUAUUCCCUCAGUUUACUUUAGUCUAUUCUGUCUCACUCUCUUAGUAUUAGUUCUGUCUUUCUCUGCACUCCUUUUUGUUCUGUCAUUAGUUCCUGUCUCCUCUCUUCUGUUAUCUCUCCUUUUCCUGUUUCACUGUUUGUGGACUUUGUCCUUCCUUCUUUGCUGUCUUCUUUACCUACCCUGUAUCUUCCUCUCCCCUCUUUUUCCCAUAUCUUCUUAAUUAUCUCUCUCUCUGUUCUGAGUUAUGGGGAAGACAGAGUUGUAUUCUGUAUAUAAGAGCUUUCUGGACUGUAUCUGCCUCUCUCGGAGCAGCAGUGAGGGGCCAGGGAAGAACGAGAAUGCCCCUGACGAUGGUCACCUGGCCUUCCAGAAUGGAGACGUUCUACAAGAGAGAUAUGAGAUUAUCAGUACGUUGGGAGAGGGCACCUUUGGGAAGGUGGUGCGGUGUGUGGACCGGCGCAGGGCUGGGGAACGUGUAGCUCUGAAGAUCAUUAAGAACAUGGAGAAGUACAGACAAGCUGCUAAACUGGAGAUCAAUGUCCUGGAGAAAAUCAACGAGAAAGACCCACACAACCAACAUCAGUGUGUUCAGAUGCUGGACUGGUUUGACUACCAUGGUCAUGUGUGUAUCGCCAUGGAGCUGCUAGCCCUUAGCACUUUCGACUUCCUGAAGGAGAACAACUUCCUGCCGUACUCUAUGGAUCACAUUCGCCAGAUGGCCUACCAGAUCUGCCUCGCCGCCAACUUUCUCCAUGUCAACAAGCUGACCCACACUGACCUCAAACCUGAGAACAUCCUGUUUGUCAACUCUGACUACACCAUCACUUACAACGCUGAGAAGAAGCGGGAUGAGAGGAAGGUGAAGGAUACAACAGUGAGGCUGGUGGAUUUUGGCAGCGCCACGUUUGACCACGAACACCACAGUACCGUCAUAUCUACACGCCACUACCGUGCUCCUGAAGUUAUUCUGGAGCUGGGCUGGAGUCAUCCAUGUGAUGUCUGGAGUAUCGGCUGCAUCCUGUUUGAGUACUAUGAAGGCUUCACCCUAUAUCAGACCCAUGACAACCAGGAGCACCUGGCCAUGAUGGAGAGAGUACAGGGACCUCUCCCCUCUACAAUGAUCUGCAAGACCAGGAAGCAGAAUUAUUUUCACCACAGGCGUCUGGACUGGAACGAUAACUCCAAGGCAGGACAAUAUAUCAAAGACCACAUUAAACCUCUAUGGAGAUACCGGUUAUCGGAAGCGAAGGAGCAUCAUCAGUUCUUUGACCUGUUGGAGAAGAUGCUGGAGUACGAGCCCUCCAAACGCCUCUCUCUCUCCUCCGCCCUCCAUCAUCCCUUCUUCCUACCACUCCGUAGGGGUAGCAAGGCCUGGGAGAGCACCCGGAACAUCUGCCCAUGACCCCUGACCUCUAACCCUUGACAUGGAUGUGAGGAAGGACAGCCCUACCAUGGCAUGCAAUGUGCCGUUGUAAUGUGUCAGGAAGUCGUGCUUUGUGACAAAUUAGGUGUGCGGAACCCCUGUGCAUUAUGGGGGAAAUACGCUAAUCUGACCUCAGUGUCUGGGGCAACUUUAUCCUUCUCCACCCUUUACAUAACUACCUGAAAUGGAGAGAGUGUCUGUCACUUCCCUUUAGGGUUUGAUUCAGUGGAGGCUGCUCAGGGGAGGACAGGCUCAUAAUAAUGUCUGGAACGGAGCAAAUGGAAUGGCAUCAA